AUGCCAUUUUUACCUGGAGAAAUACUGUGCAAUAUUGCCCAAUCACUUUCAACGCAGGACCUGUUUCAAUGUUUGACAGUGUGCCAGAAUUGGUACCUUCCUUUACUAUGUCAGAUGUAUCAGCAUAUUAUUAUAACAAAUAACAGACAGGCACAGCUUUUGUUUGAGGCAUUGCAACAGCAUCAACAGCAGCAACACAUCGAUGAGGGUGGCAGGAUCAGGGUGGGGUAUUAUGUUAAAAGUAUAUCCUUUUCCGCACGACAAAGGGUCCACUUGGGAUUGGGAAUCCAACUAUUCACAAAAGACGCUGUCAAUAUAACUCAAGAAAUGCUCGAUAUCAUUGAGCAGUACUGUCCUUACAUCCGCCAACUAGACUUUGAUCACACACAAUGGAAAGAAGACAGUAAAAAGUCUCUCAGUCUUCCUUCCAAACUAUUACAUUCGUUAAGAAAACUACCUGUCGUAGAUUUCUCAAUUUAUCAAACCUACAAUACUACAGUCAAUGUACCUUACCAUGACAUAGCACUCUCUCCCACUACUGAUUUUCAGUUGACCUAUUUGACGACCAUGCACAUCCGUAACAAUACAGACUUGUUUGAACCAAUGACAUUCAAAGCUUUCCUCAUGCAAAUACCCCGAGUACGGCAUCUUACUUUUGAACGAGAUAGCAUAUAUAACAAAUACAGAACACCCAUCCUAUCCCUAGGGCUUUUGAGAACCAUAUUAACUGCCUUACCUCAACUUGAAACUUUACAAUUUACCAAGCAUUUUAAUUUUGGCAUAGAUUUGCUGUCUUCAGCACAAUUAUACUAUAAUCCGGAUGAUACUUUUUUUACUAAUCACCACCAACAACAGAACCAUUUAUUUGAUGAUAUCAACAGCAAAUGCUCUCACUCUCUGCAACAUUUGAAGCUGGAAGGCACGCUACGUUCUCAUCACUGGUUGAUCUACAUAGCACAAUCCUUGCGGCAAUUACGUUCUAUUGAUUUCGAUCUAGUGCUCAGCCCUUACUCCUCUAGCCCAUCUUUAUCUUACAAUAGUCCCAUGAUGCCAUCCACCCACUUUCUCAACGCUGUGAUUAAAGAGUCCUUCAUAAAAAUAGCGGCGGAAUGUCGACAUCUAUCUCAGAUCCGUAUUCGGAGCAUCAGCACGCCGCUAUGGCUCUCGCCCAUCUUUCUAAACACAUUAUGUCAACGGUCGACAGAUAAUACAUUGCCGAUCACAUUGGACGCGCAAUUGUAUGGAUUGGAUAGUUUAGGAGUUCAAAAUGCCAUUACAACGCUCACACAUGGCAACGACCCUCCUUUCCGGAGUAUCCAUUUGGCAUCGUUAAGACUGCCCAUCUGGAAAACAAAUUAUCCACACUCACCUAUCAAAAGCUGGACCAUCACGUUAGCGCCUCUUAUGACAAAGUUUCAUCAAACACUCACUCAUCUCGAAUUGGAUGCUGUUAGUUUAUCCUUCAACACUAUGCAACCGUCUUAUAGUAACCACAAUGACAAUCACCAUCAAACUCAACCUUUUGAACUGGAUAUUGUAUUAGACAUGUUUACCAACCUUGUUACAAUGAAAUUGAGCGGCUCAGCUGUAGAGCUUUCAAAGACGAAUAAAAGUAGUUGUAGCAUGACCACCAAGAUGCAUCUUAAAUUCAAAGAAUUACAACUCUUCAAAAUGCUUUUUACAACGGAUGUCAUGGAAUAUCUGUCAGCUUACUGCCCUCAAGCAACAAGAUUGGUGAUGUAUGAGUGUAGACAUUGGUAUCCGCGUAAAGAAGGUUAUGAUGUAACCAGUAACAGCAGCAACUUUCAAGCGAGUAAUAUAGGAAAAGUACCCUUGUACUUGAAGAAUUUGAAUCUGGAAUUCUUGGUUUUGUAUCGUUUACAGCAUGCUUAUCAAACAACUGUCGAAAGCCGUGCUCCAGGUGCUCGCUUUUUGCGCUAUACGAAUACGACAAAAGGAGGAGAACAUUGGUUCCAUCUGGCCAAAUGGACGGAAGAUCAAAGUGAAGCAUCAGCAGCAACUACAGCAACACAAGCAGCUGCUGUCAAACGGCUUACAUCCACUCACACGAUCCAGAAGAUCGUUGAACGUUCCUAUCAAUACGUUCUGGGUUUAUGUAACUUUGACUCCAACAUGUCAUCAACACCUAGUUAUCAAAGAAGAAUCGAGUAUCAUACUGAAGAGGAAUGGGAGAAAGAUCUUGCUUUAGGUUACAUUGACCUUCAAUGUAAAGGUGUCGGAAGACUCUUCAUGGAUGAAUAUAGCUUAGAUAUUUAA